CCCUCUCUGGGCCACUGCGGUCCCUUUAAGGGCCAAGAGGUGCGCGGUCUCUUUAAGGCAGGUCCUGGUGGUUUCUGUUUUCUGAAGGAAGUGACGGGGGGUGGGAUUGAAUGAAAAGUGCUGAACGGAGUCGGGAGCUCAGGGAUCGGGGCGGCUGGGGGACACGCACAAGGGGCGCCGUCUGGGACUCCGGGAGAGUGGCUGUACGCGGCCCACGUGAAUUCGCUGCACGUCGUGGGGAACCUCCGGUUUGAGUCUCCCCUCUAGAAGGGGGGGACUGCCGGGAAGCCCCGAACCGGACCCCCAACUUCAGGCAAACUUUGUAGGCGCGUCUCCCCUCCCCCACGCGGCGCGCCGGGGGCCCCGGGGAUGCGGCCCCCUGGCUGCCGCGACGUCCCCUCGGCGCGCCCCGCGCUGCCGCUGCCGCUGCUGCUGCUGUCGCCGCUGCUGCUUGGGGCGCUGCACGGCGUGGGCGCGGGCAGCGGCGCUCCCGCCGAGCUGCGGGUCCGAGUGAGGCUGCCCGACAGCCAGGUGAUCGAGGAGAGUCUGCAGGCGGACAGCGACGCGGACAGCAUCAGCCUUGAUCUGCGCAAACCCGACGGCACUCUCAUCUCCUUCAUCGCGGAUUUCAAGAAGGACGUGAAGAUCUUCCGAGCCCUGAUCCUGGGGGAGCUGGAGAAGGGGCAGAGUCAGUUCCAGGCACUCUGCUUUGUCACCAGGCUGCACCACAAUGACAUCAUCCCCAGUGAGGCCAUGGCCAAGCUCCGGCAGAAAAACCCCCGUGCAGUGCGGCAGGCUGAGGAAGUGCGGGGUCUGGAACAGCUACAUAUGGAUAUCGCCGUUAAUUUCAGCCAGGGGGGCCUGCUGAGUCCCCAUCUCCACAACGUAUGUGCUGAGGCCAUAGAUGCCAUCUACACCCGCCAGGAGGAUGUCCAGUUCUGGACAGAGCGAGGUGUGGACAGUUCUGUGUUCGAGGCUCUGCCCAAGGCGUUAGAACAGGUGGAAUUACCUCGUUGUGGACGAGUCGGGGACCGCGGAAAGCCCUGCACCUGCCACUACAAUCUGAGCCUGGCCUGGUACCCAUGCAUGCUCAAGUACUGCCACAGCCGUGAUCGGCCAGCGCCCUACAAGUGUGGCAUCCGAAGCUGCAGGAAAAGCUACGCCUUUGACUUCUAUGUACCCCAGAAGCAGCUGUGCCUCUGGGAUGAGGACCCCUAACGACAGGAGACAGAGGACCAAGGAUGGAUACUUGGGCCUGCAAAUUCUUCACUGACCACCAGAGGGCGUGGCAACCCAAUCAGGCCUUAGGUCUCUUCCUGAGCCGCUGGCCGUGAAGCCACCACCUCAUCUGCAUGACUGUGAAAGGGUGUCUGUCACAACCUUGAGGCAGCCCCGAUGCCUACCUGUACCCAUCUUGAGGCAUAAGGGGGGGGGGGAGGCAGUUCUUCAGACUGAUACCCUCCCCUCUUCCUUUUGUUACGUGGAAUCAAAAUGCACCGGCCUGGGCUGCUUUGUGGAACUUGUUCCAGAGGCAUGGCCCUGUAGCACACCUUCUCACCAGCAAGGGAACCAGAAAGGGUCAGCUGGGGACUCAUGCCCCAGCUCCUGUGUCUGGUUACAGUGCCUUCUCUUUACCCUGGGGGCAGCGGCGAGCAGGCAUGCCGCCCCCAAGACCACCGCGUGUGCCUUUCCUGAUACCCAAUUUGGAUACUUCAGCAGGCACGGAUUCUUCCUGCCCCUGGACCGAUGUACUUUGGCCAGGUUCUGGGGAAGGGAGGAAGCAUGAAGUACAAGGAAAACUUGAAUUCCAGAUUUUUAAUGCAAAAUAUUUAUCAUUUGUACCAGAAAUAAAAGUCUUUAAGUUUUCACUCACC